AUGCACAUCGCUGCAUUGGACAAGUUUCUCGAGCUCAGAGGCGGUAAUCUCAGCGUGGAGCUAUACGGCAUGCUUCUCAGAUUGUCAAUUUGGUGCGACAUCAACCCCCCUCUGACUGUACCGUCUGCACCAAGUCCAAGGCCAUUAGAUGCUACCAACUCACACGUUGAACUCCAUGUCAGACAAUGGGGCUACACUCCAUUCGCAACGGAUAUAUUCGAAGAUAUUCGCAAGCUGGUGGCCUUGAGAGAGGAGUUUUGUUCGGAGCCCGAACCUCGUGAGAAGCGUCGGGAGAGAAAUUUCGCAUAUCAUAAGUUUGUCUCCCGCUGCUUGCGCCGAACAUCAAGAUCACUACCGCAAGUCCUGGCUGUCAACACGGCAGAAACAAUCGUGCUGCGGUCUAUUCGUUUGGGUCAGAUACUUUUUAUGUACACCAUCUCUCCUGCAAUGUCGGUAUCGGGUGUCUACAGCCGAUCUAUUGCUGAAGCACUGCGACUGUCCUUAGAGCAGCCCAGCCCACAGAAUGGUGAUUCAUUGUAUUGGUCACCGGAAGUGUUAUGCUGGCUGCUUUUCAAUGGGGCCAUAACGAUACAGACCAAGGCGACCCAGCAAUGGUAUUUCCGCCGUGUGAGAGAGUUCCUGCGCUCUCAGUGCAUUUCCUAUUUCAACCAGGUAGAAAAUCUCCUGCGCAAAGUGUGCUGGUAUGAGGACCAAUUCGGUACAGCUUGUCGGACGCUCUUCCGGGAUCUGGUGCGCGCAGCUGGGAGUGAAGCCGCUAAGACGGGCCCCUUAUAG